ACUCUGGCGAAACUUGAUUUGAAUUAAUAAAUGCUCAUGCUACAUUUUUUCUAGGAAAAAAAAAGAAAUAAAUAAAUAAAUAAAUAAAAUAAAAAAUAAAAAAGGAGAUUAUAAUGUCUGAUAAGAAGUUGGUGCGUAAUAAGGAGAUUAUAAUGUCUGAUAAGAAGUUGGUGCGUAAUGCGUUAGCCUCAUGUGGAGGAUUGUGGACAACAGAUGGUUACUCAAAUGCAAAUUUUGUGGACAACAGAUAGCCAAGAUUACAUGCAUGUUGUCAGUUGCAAUUCAAUUUAUGGAUGAAAAUAAAACCUAAUUAUUUAUCGACCCAACCAUAUCAUAAUUGUCACGUUUAUAAAGCAUCAAGCAUAUAUCAUAGUUUAACAAUCAAAUUAUAAUUACCAUUUUUUUUUUUUUUGGUUACAGAAAUAAUUAAACCACAAAAUUAUGGCAGAGACAAAGAAGGAGGUGAAUUUGCAUGGAAUGUGGGCAAGUCCUUGGGUUAGAAGGGUAACAAUUGCCCUUAAAAUUAAGGGUAUACCCUAUGAAUACUUUGAGGAAGACUUGAAAAAUAAGUCUCAAUUGCUCCUUAAGUAUAAUCCAGUUAAGAAGUUGGUUCCAGUGCUUGUUCAUCAAGGGAGACCUAUUCCUGAAUCAUUGAUAAUUCUUGAAUAUGUUGAUGAGACUUGGACAAAUUCACCAAAACUCUUCCCUUUUGAUCCUUAUCAACGAGCUAAAGUUCAGUUUUGGGCCAAUAUUAUCGAUCUUCAGUCCUCAAUGGUGUAUGUGUGUGUACAAAUAUUUGAGAAACUUCGGGAUGUUGUCAAAGCCCCCAACGAUGAUGAAGAGGACAAAAUCAUCAAAGAAAUCCAAGAAAACAUGAACAAAUUGGAAGCAAAUGUGAAGGAUUUAUAUUCAGGAGGUACUCAUGUUAAUGGUGAAAGUAUGGAAAUCCUAGACGUUUUGAUGAUCACUUUGUUGCCAAUAAUUAAUGGUGUUGAAGAAGCUAUUUCUAUCAAAUUCAUAAUCCCUGAAAAUUUUCCCUUGGCUUUUUCAUGGAUGAAAUCCAGUGAUGGACUUUCAAUUGUUCAAGAAUCUGCUCCAAAUCAUGAAAAUUUGGUUAAGUUUCUAAGAAAACUAAGACAAAUAUUUAGAAGAGUGUAAUUUUCUCUAA